AGAAGGGAAUGGUCAGGUCAAUCUUACUUAUACUUGAUCAGAACAUAUGUAUUUCUGACUUCUCGUUUGUUUACUCUGCGAGUUGACUCCCUGCUUCUAAUUAAGUAACAUGCCAUUCAUUUUUUACUCAAUAGGUAGAUAAAUUCAUGAUUUUUUCUUUUGAUGAACUGCUUUGUGCGCAUCAUUUGUCUCAUGGAAUGGCAGGAUUCACUUCUGAAGUGAAGGCAAACACUCACAAUUUUUCUUUUAACUGAAACGCAAACGAAAGGAAGCAAUCUAUAAAAGGGUGCAUUUUGUUACCAGAUAAGCCAUGAUGCUUGUCCAUCGAGAAUCUUUUUGUGCUAAAUCCAUGGGUGUCACUAUUUGUUUGCUGGGGACAAGCAUUCAUCGACUCACGGACCGAAUGUGUAAUCUUUCUCUUGAUCCUUACGUAUUUUAUUUCUCCUGGAUGUGAAAAGCAUUUUUCCUUUCUGUCAGCCAUUAUUGUUGGGACAGAGGACUUUAUCCCUCCUUUCUUAUCAGUUAUUAUACUAAGCAAAGCAAAAUAUCUGCAGACAUAUACACACCUGCAAUACAGAUGUGCCUAUGCACAUUCUGACACUCAUCUUAUCAGUUAGUUGAGCCUCAUCGAAGCAAAGCUUUUGUGCAUCUAUACUGACUACUUGGAUGUAUUGUGUUGUGAUUAUAUGUUAUACUUAUGCUGUUUUCCUUCAGAAGCAAUAGUUCCACUAUUUUUCUGUUUCUGACACCCUUGUUGAUUUAUAAUUGAAUGACAUGUUACUAAAUGCUGAAUCUCAUUAAUAUUACUCAUUUACUGAAAUUUUGAUACCGUUUAUGCCUUCAUGGAGACGGAAGUUGUAAAAAGACAGACGGAACGUGGACAGCAGGGUCUUGAGGAGUAUUUUAUCUCAUGGCCUAACUUCUCCAUCGCCAUGGAAUUAGUUGCUUUUCGUUUUCUGGAGGUUCCCUCAGCACAAAAUGAUAAAUACAAUUUCUCCAUGACCAAGAGCAAGCCAGGGAGGCAAGGAAGCAGCACUGAUGUGGAGGCCACCAACCUGCAAUCUUGCAGCCCACUUUGUGGCCACUCACCACCUUUUUUAUCCUGGCAUCUUACUUUAAGGCUCCCCAUACAACUGCAAUCAGGUUUUGUAUCUGAGCUAUCUUUGCUUGCUAUAGCUUGCAUGGCUUGGGCAGGAACAAUGCACUGUCUUUAGGACACUGAUCAGUCAUCAUCAGUGUGGUGACAAUUAAGUUCCUGUUCUCGUGUCCAUCAAAUGCAUCACCCAUGUCAAGUCCUUUUCUCAGAUAUGUGCACCUCAUAAAUCCUUUGGCAUGAUGCUCCUUGGCCUCAGGGAAGAAAGCUGAAGAAUUUCCUGAAACUAGAGGCUUGGACUCGCUAAGUGUUUCUUGUCUCCUUUUUUUUCUAACUCCUUUUUGCUAGUACCCAGAAGAUCACCUUUAUAUUGCAAAAAAUGAUGCAUACUUUCCAACUUUCCAUCAUACAUUGUGCUACUGCAGUCUAACAAAAAGUUGAAUUUUACUGUUACCUGAGAAAAUAAUUGGUGAAAUGGAAAUACUGAUUGCAUAGCCCAUGACUCUUGCCUUGUGGAUUCUUCCAGGAUGAUGGAAUUAAUUAGGAAAUAUGAGAGUGUCUGGGCCAGAAGAUAAAUCAGAAACAACUAUAUCAAUCACUAGCUUUUCAAAACCAGUAUCAGGAAAGGUGAUCAACCUGAGCGUGGCAGGUGUUCCAUUGCAUUUGGUAGUUGCCUUUGGUGGAUAAGAUGGUGAAAUGGCAUCAGAUUAGGACAUUCGUGCUUUUGCAUGAGCAAAUUUAGUUUAUGUUUCUUUUCUUUUUUCAUUUCUUGUGGUGCACAUAAUAAGCUCCCCAGUUAUCUUGAGUCAUCAACUGCCCUGGAGAUAAUCAGAUAAUCAUGCAUCCUCAUAUGGUGAUGUAGACCGCCAUAAGUUUAUAGACCAUUCAGUUCUUCCAAAGGAUCAAGUUGACAAGCAAUGUGAUCCCGGUGACAACAGCGACAAUGACUGGGGAUGCAGAUAGAACAAAAUAAAACUAAGACGGGGCAUUUCAUCGUUUUUUCUGAUUAAAACCACCCAAUUUCUCUUGGAUGAUUUGUUCUCUCUCCUCUCAAAGGGUAAGUGGGGGAGCUCUUGGAGGCCAGCCAGCUAAAGGUGGUGAGCAAAAGCAGCAUCCACUGGGUGAUGGAAAAUUAAGGAUAUAUGCUUUAAGCCUGUGAUGGUGAGAUUAUGGAUUGAUGGGACUGCAUGCAGGGGGAGGGGGCACCUGUCAUGCCAUAGGGCUUAGUGGGUGUCAUCCACUUAUCGUUGACGUAAUCGGCCAUUAGCGAGAAAGAUGAUCAAUCACCUUGUUGUGGCCAUGAUUUCUACAUGUGGCCAGUCAUUGUUAGCUGUAAAUAAAGCAGGGAUUUGGUUAAACAGAAGGGAGGAUAUACUCUCAUUUGCCUCUGUUGGAGUAUUAAUUUAUUUACCAGGAGUAGGGCUAGCUAUCUAGUUGUUCCUUGGCUGCUUGUCUGAUGGAGACGAUCACGAUGACACUUGUGGUUUCUGUUUCUUGUUUUUAUUACGCGACGCUGAAAUGGUCAGGUCUUUUCUCUUGCAAUAUUUAAAUUUCUUUAGCCACUCCACAUAUUGGAAACUCAGUCUUAUUUCAUGUCCUGUAGUCUUGCUCUCUUGGCAUAAAUUAAACAGUGAGGCCCUUCAUGGAUAUGCAAGGGGCAGAAAAUAUUAUCAUCUUUCUGAUAUGCCAUCACAAUGGCCAGGUUGUUGGAUGGUUAUGUUGGUGCUGGUGGUUAUGGCUUUAAGCUUCAUUAGCAUCCAUGGUCAGCCAGACAACCAUGGUUUCAUAAGCAUCGACUGUGGAUAUACCGCAAGCAAGGAGUACGUAGAUUCCAGGACAGGUUUAACAUAUGCAAGCGAUGACGGUUUCAUUGAAGCAGGGCUGGUCCACAUCGUUGACCCAGCGAAUUUGCAGCCGGACCUUGCAGUUCGGUACUAUAACCUUCGCUACUUCCCCAGCGGACCACGCAACUGCUACACGUUCCGGUCCCUAACACCGGGUGGCAAGUACCUUGUCAGGGCUGCAUUUGGCUAUGGCGACUAUGACAAACUGAACAGGCUUCCUACCUUUGAUCUCUAUUUUGGGGUUAACUAUUGGACGACGGUGACCAUUGUCAGUUCCAGUACAGCGUAUCUGUUUGAGAUCAUCGCUGUGUCCCCUGCCGACUUCCUGCAGAUUUGUUUGGUGAACACAGGAUCGGGAACUCCUUUCAUCUCAGCACUUGAUUUGAGAACACUUACGGCGAAUCUUUACCCGGAGGCCAAUGUGACACAGUCCCUGGUUUUGCUCAGCUUUUUCCGCGACACGGUUGGUUUUGGGCCCAAUCGUUACCACUUUGGAACAAACUACCAGCACAUCAGGUUCCCGGAUGAUCCCUAUGACCGUAUUUGGCAGAGGUAUGAAGACAUAGCCAGUUGGACAGACUUGCCCAACAAAUCCAACGGGGAAAUCCAGAACCCCCCUAAUGACACCUACGAUGCACCAUCUGCUGUGAUGCGUAGUGCAUCCACUCCAUUGAACGCCUCAACGAUGGACCUAUCUUGGAGUUCGGAUUCAUCCAUGAGUGUCGGUGUCAACCCCACAUACAUUCUUGUACUCUACUUUGCUGAGUUGGAUGAGGGCCAAAAUUUAAGGCAAUUUGACGUCUCUGUGGAUAAUAACCAAUUAGCCUCUGCAUUCAGCCCAAAGUUCUUGCUGACUACUGUUCUAUCAGAGAUUGUGCGAGGCUCGAGUGAGCAUAGCAUCUCCCUCGUGGCAACAUCAAACUCAGUACUUCAUCCUUUGAUCAGCGCGAUGGAGAUAUUCAUGGUGCGGCCAGUAAAUGAAUCUGCCACUGACUCUGUAGAUGCCUGGACCAUGAUGACCAUCCAGACGAACUAUUCUGUGAAGAGAAAUUGGGUGGGUGAUCCAUGUGUCCCUAGAUCUCUUGCAUGGGAUGGCUUGAACUGUAGUUAUACUCCCAGCAGUGCUCCGAGAAUAACAGGCUUAAUCAUGUCAUCCAGCGGUUUGGUCGGUGAAAUCGAUGCUUCCUUUGGUCAGAUAUUAUUGCUCCAGCACUUGGAUCUAUCACACAACAGUCUUUCAGGGUCGAUACCUGAUUUUCUGGGUCAACUUCCAGCACUUAAGUUUCUGGAUUUGUCGGGCAACAACCUCAGUGGAUCAAUUCCUUGUAAUCUGCUAGAAAAAUCUCAGAAUGGGUUGUUGGCACUAAGGGUCGAUAACCCAAACCUACAUGGAGAUUGUGCUCCCAGUCUGAUUGGGAGAAAGAACAAGAUAAAACUUGUACUCAAGAUUGUGCUUCCAGUAGUUGCUGCACUGGUUCUGCUGUUUGUGGCGGUACAUGUAUUUGUUAUUUUACCUAGAAGAAAGAAAAGACCAGAUGUGGCUCCUUCAGCUAAUCUUUUUGAGAACCGGAGGUUCAGUUACAAGGAACUAAAGCGCAUCACAAAUAACUUCAACACUGUAAUUGGAAAGGGUGGUUUCGGUUUUGUCUAUCUUGGCAAAUUGGAGAAUGAAACUCAAGUUGCUGUAAAGAUGCGGUCAGAUACAUCUUCACAAGGGGAUACAGAGUUUUUGGCUGAGGCUCAGCACCUGGCUAGGGUUCAUCACAAGAACUUGGUGUCCUUAAUUGGUUAUUGCAAGGACAAGAAACAUCUAAGCCUUGUCUAUGAGUACAUGGAUGGGGGAAACCUACAAGACCGGCUCGGAGGUCAAGAACCCCUUAGUUGGAUGCAGCGCCUUAAGAUUGCACAGGACUCUGCCUGCGGCCUGGAGUACCUGCACAAAUCUUGCAGCCCGCCGUUGAUCCACAGAGAUGUGAAGACUGGGAACAUCCUUCUUACCAGAAAUCUCGAAGCAAAGUUAUCAGAUUUCGGGCUGACAAGGGCUUUCAGCAGUGAAGAAGCGGUAACACACACCACCACCCAACCUGCUGGUACCCUCGGAUACCUGGACCCAGAGUACUACGCGACCUCGCAUCUAAGCGAGAAGAGUGACGUGUACAGCUUCGGCGCCGUUCUGCUGGUGCUCAUCACAGGCCGUCCCGCAAUCAUCACCAUCAGUGAGACGGUGAAAACCACUGUCGCGCUCUGGGUGGAGGACAGGCUCUCCGAAGGCGACAUUGAGAAUGUGACUGACCCAAGGAUACGAGGGGACUGCGACAUCAACUCGGUGUGGAAAGUGGCGGAGCUGGCUCUGCAAUGCACGCGGCACGCGGCGCGGGACCGGCCGACGAUGACAGAGGUCGUGGAGGGGAUCGGCGAGAGCUUGAUGCUCGAGACCUCGUCGCGCUCCAUGAGGUGCAGCUCGGUUGGGACAGGUGGUUCGGGAUUUGCUGACGGCGACUCCGUCGGUGUGCUCGAGACGGAAGUGAUGGGAGAAACAUCGGCACGGUGACAUGGAGUGUUGCUUACUGUCCAUCUUGAUUUACAUGGAGAAAUAUGAAUCAUUGACUGCAUCAGAUAGAAAUCUGCACUUGAAUUGCUGUUCUUGCAAUGUGAUUAUAUUAUUUGCCAGAGGGCUAAGCAAAAAAGGAAAGAAGAUCUGAUCUGAUGUACUAUAUUUGUACUAGGCAUGCCUUGGCCAGCUGAAAAUCGACAGCUUUAAAUUUGCAGCCGGAGUGCGGUUGCAAAGUAGAAAAUGUUUUGUGUUGCCUAAAACUGGCUUUGCCUGCUUGUGACAACACUAUAUGUGCUUUAGGAUCUCUUUGAUUCAAAAAGUUAUACUAUAUUACUUAAGAAUUUUUCUUACA